UUGUUGUUUUGUCAAAGCAGUUUUAGUUCUUUUUGAUAUAUAUUAUAGUUAGUAGAUAGUUAUGUAUUUCCAAAUGACAUUUUACUUCACAAUGCUUACUUUUUAUACGACCUAACAGAAAUUACAAAUGAAACUCAAUAUCCAAUUUAAGAAAGUCUUGUUAUUGAUUUAAACUAACAAGUAAUUGAGUGUUGAGUAAGAAGAUAAAAAAUACGCACUUAUUUAUCCUUAGGUAAGAUUUUUUCUAUAUAUAAAGAAUUUAUCUGUGUAUGUAUAUUCGAUUCAGGUUAAUUAUCAUUUACAAAAUCCUUUUUUGUGCUAAACAUGUUAGCAAUUAAAAUUUUUGGUUCAUCAUGUCAUCCGACAAAGUUGGUAAAGUUAGCCCGUAGCUCCAACCUAAUAAAACAAGAUAUUAAAGUAGUUCUACUGCCAGUAACCAUCCACCAUCAAAACUAUAAGCUUUGCAGCAAUGAUGGUACGAGCAAUGACAUAAAAAAGCAGGCUAUUAAUAUCCAAACUUUAAAAAGCCAAGAGGUGAUAAAAGAUGUGCUGGACGAAAAACGGAGGAGUUUAAGUAAAAAAAAAGAUGCCUUAGUUAUGGACAUAAAAAAGAAAAGGCGUGAAGUAAAAAAAAAAGUAGAAGAAGUAAUAGAAAAGGAAAACAUAUUCACUAUACCAAACGCAUUAACUAUAGGCAGAGCAAUUUUGGCACCUUAUCUGGGUCUUGUAAUAAUUGUGCAAGAGGACUAUAAGCUUGCAAUGGGUCUCUUAAGCAUUGCUGCCCUUACCGAUUUGCUCGAUGGACAAAUAGCUAGAAACUGGCCUCAACAAGCUAGUAAAUUUGGUUCAUUCUUAGAUCCUUUGGCUGAUAAACUUUUAAUAGGCUCCUUAGCUAUAUCAAUGGGAUAUUGCAAUUUGUUACCAAUAUGGUUAUCAGGCAUUAUGAUAACUAGAGACAUUAUCUUAAUUACUGCUGGCUUCAUAAUUCGAUAUAUUAGCCUGCCUUCUCCCCGGACUUUAUUGAGAUAUUUUGAUGCAACACAAGUUACUGCGCAAUUAGAGCCAACAUUUAUCAGUAAAGUAAAUACUGUCGUGCAAUUACUUACAAUCGGAUUUAGUUUAGGCGCUCCCAUUUGGAAUUAUGCCGACCAUAUUAGCCUGCAAGGACUGUGGUAUUUGACAGGCGCAACAACAGCAGCAGCAGCAAUCAGCUACUUGACUAAUAAAAACACAUUUAAAAUUUUGAAAAAAUCCCAAUCCUGACUCAAAAUUACAAAUUCGUAUAAAGAUAUUCGUUGUAAAGUUGUAGAUACAAAAAACGAUCUAAACAAAUUUUUGGCAGUUCUGGAUACCUCUACCUGGAUACCUCUUAUACAUUUGCAAACCCAGAAUGAAUUUCCA